UGUCACGUCCCGACCCGUAUUGAUUGUAUCUCUCGUCUUUCAUUGUCACACAAAGACGCGUACGCACUCCGUCAUAACGUCAAACGGGCACUCGAGACCGCAUCAACGCCCUGUUCGCUCCGCCAUGGACGUGCCGGCCGCCGCCAACGCCUUGGGCACUCUCGGUGCAGUCUGCUGGUCGAUCCAGCUGAUCCCCCAAGUCGUCAUCAACUACCGCCGCCACAAUGCGACCGGGCUGCAGGCCUCGAUGAUGAUGCUCUGGGCCUGGGCCGGCGUGCCGCUGGGCGUCUACAACAUCGUCGAGGACUUCAACAUCGCAUUGCAGAUCCAGCCUCAGAUCCUGACGUUCCUGAGCCUCGUGACUUGGAUUCAAUGCUACUACUACCAGAGGAACUGGUCUGUCCUCCGCUCACUCUCUGUCGUGGCGCCCAUCGCCGCCGUCAUGGCCGGCAUCCAGGUCGCCCUCGUCAUCGGUCUGCGCGUGGUCAAGGCCCGCGGCGUCGAGUGGCCCAUGACCCUCAUGGCCGUGCUCUCCGCCGCGCUGCUGGCCGCCGGUGUGCUGCGGCACUACUGGGACAUCUACGUCCACCGCACCGUGCGCGGCAUCUCCUUCAUCUUCGUCGCCAUCGACGCCGCCGGCGACGUCUUCUCCCUCGCGUCCAUCUUGUUCCAACCCCGGGUCGACGUCUUGGGCAUCGUCAUCUACGCCACCGAGUUCGUGCUCUGGUGCGGCGUCUUCGCGUGCGGCGGAUACUACAAUCUCUUGCCGUGGAUCAGGAGGAAGUUGCUUGCCAGGGAUGACGGGGCUGCCGGCAUGGGCGGAACGUCUAUAGACGAGGACCCGCAGAGCCCGGGCGCCGGUGAUGUUGCACAGAACGGUGUUGCUUUGCAUGACUUGCCCUCCUCGACGUCAGUCUUCCGGACGGCGUCUCGGGAUGACUCGGGACUCCGGCCAAGGACCGUUGCUUCGCAGCAGAGUCAACCGAAAUGAGACACAGUAAAAACAGCAUAUUGGACAGUUCCCACACAUUACUGACGAUCGCGAAAAUCUGCAGCAAAAGAAAAGACGGCAUCGUCAUGAUUUCGCGGUAAACCAAGUGUCUUUUGCAUUGUCUACCUGGGCCCAAUAUGAUACACCGUAUCUGCAUUCUUCCAUCAUGCCGACAAAAGAAAAAGACGGGAAAAAAAAGGAAAAAA